AUGAAUCGCCUGUUCCAAAUCUCCUCUCCCCAUAGCGGUAAAUGCCAAGGGAUGUUUGUCUCUAUCUUGUCUCUGUCGCUAAUAUGGUGUUACCCUGGAAAGAAAGUCCAGGGGGUAGCCGCCAGCAGUAGGGAGAAGAGAAAGAAAGUGGGAAUAAAAGAUAUUGAAAUAAGACACGACACAGUCCGCAAUCGGGUGCUGACCAUGCCAUCCCAUAAACGCCAUAUAUUUCUCAUAUCAGAACAACUCCUGGAUAUGUGUGAGAAAUGGAGUAGUGUUGUAAUUUCCGCCGUUCUGGAGGCACUAUUCGCGGAUUGGCUACGGAAAAAGAGGGGUGGAGGAGGUGACCUUACGGAGUAA